UUCGCUUGCCAUCGUAGUGUCAUUGGAGAGGCAACCCAUUUAGAGCGAUCCGUGUGGUCCUUGUGCAGCAACUUUACGCCGAGCCGAAAGAAAGGGAGUCGAAAGAAUUCCAUCUGAAGGCAGUCCACUGACACUAAGAUCCACUCUCUUCAUUCGGAGGCGAGCUCCCUAGACUCCCGUGGAAACCAUGGCAGACGAAGCGGACAUGCGCAAUGAGCUCGAAGGCCUGCAAGAGAAGGCCGACGCCAUGACAGAUGAGUCGCUGGAGAGCACUCGGCGUAUGCUGGCGCUGGUGGAGGAGAGUAAAGAUGCGGGAAUCAGAACCUUGGUUAUGCUGGAUGAGCAAGGAGAGCAACUUGAUCGUAUUGAGGGGGGCAUGAACUCGAUCAACAAAGACAUGAAGGAGGCCGAGAAAAGUUUAAAAGAUCCGGGGAAAUGCUGUGGGAUUAUGGAGAUGUGUCCUUGUAACAAGCUGAAGGAUCGCGGUACGUCCUGGGCCAACAACCAGGAUGGGGUCGUGUCCAGCCAGCCGGCCCGCGUGAUGGACGAGCGGGAGCAGAUGGCCAUCAGCGGAGGCUACAUCCGCAGGGUAACGAACGACGCGAGGGAGGGCGAGAUGGACGAGAACCUGGAGCAGGUGGGCGGCAUCAUCGGCAACCUGCGUCACAUGGCCCUUGACAUGGGCAACGAAAUCGACACUCAGAACCGCCAGAUCGACAGGAUUAUGGACCAGGCUGAUUCCAACAAGACCCGGAUUGACGACGCCAACCAGCGUGCCACAAAGAUGCUGGGCUGAACGGAGUGUGUGUGUGCUUGUUAUUUCAUUCUCCCUCUUCUUAGGCUGAUUCCAACAAGACCCGGAUUGACGACGCCAACCAGCGUGCCACAAAGAUGCUGGGCAGUGGCUAAUUCUCUCCUACAAAAAGUGCUUUCACCCCCCCCCCCCCCCCCCCAAGCAAGUUUCCACUUACGCUGUACCUGCCAGGGUACCCAUGUGCUUUUAUUAUGGUACUUCACCCGAUACAGUAGGUUUGCACACAGGCACAUAUCAGUCCCUACUGACUCCCUCUGUAGAAGAACAUUUUGUCCUGUAUCGUCUGUCUUGGCCUCUUUACUGUAAACAAGAGUGCUGGUAAAUUGUUUCUGUAUAAGGACUCCGACUCUCUCUCUCUCUCUCUCUCUCUCUUUCCAAAGGUUGUAUAUAGUGCAUAUUUGAUGGCUUAGAGUUUACGUAUGAGGUUUUAUUUUCUUUGUUUCUCUCUCUUUGUUUUUUAAAUAUAUACAUAUUUAUUAUAUCUUUGUCCACCUUUUUUGGAUGAAGGAUAUUGAAAAAAAUGCUUCAUGUGAUUCAAUCAUUUGUUUGUUUGUUUGUUUUUCUGUUUGUACUUCACAGUCAAUGGCAGUAAAUGGCUUCAUUUAUUUUCAGUACUGCCCAGCUGUAUAUUUUUACGUAAUGAAACAAGAGAGGAGAAGGAUGGCAAUGUGAGUUAGCGAGUAAAAAAAAGAGUAAUGUAAAAAAAAGAGUGACUGUGUUUCCUUCACUUGUCCCAGUCCCUUUAGAGUUAGCUACCAAGAUGCAUCACGUGUGAUGUCAUUGCAUACUGUGUAUUACUAACAGUGAUAGAUUUAGUGAUACGUAAAUUAAACAUAACACUGUAAAAAAAUAUCAUGGCAGUAUCAUUCUGGGAUAUCUAUGGUCAGUAUCAGGACAAGACAGAGAGUAUCACAUUCCUGCAACUUUGCAACAGUGCCACUGUUUUUACCUCUCUACCUGGGCAUCAGCAUUCUGUGGUCAUUGUUGUCAAAUAAUCAGAUCAUGCCAUUCAAAAAUAAAGAAUAUGACCAAAACACAAA